UACUUACAGCAGCAAGGUGUUCCGCGUCACCUUCUUGACUUUGGCUGCGUCUCUGACUGUGCCCCUGCUUGGAGUAACUGUACUGCUGGAUUGUCCUAUAGAUCCUCAGCCUAUAAGUUUGAAGGAACCUCCCCUCUUGACAAGUGUCCUAGAGCCCAAUAUCAAGUUACGAAAAGCUGAGCGAUUAUGGGAAAAUCAGCUGGUUGGACCAGAGUCUAUUGUCAAUAUUGGGGAUGUGCUAUUUACUGGGACAGCUGAUGGGAAGAUUAUCAAAAUUGAAGAUGGAGAAAUACAUACAAUCGCCAGAAUUGGCCAUGGUCCUUGUGGAACCCGUGAAGAUGAGCCAACAUGUGGAAGACCACUUGGCAUCAGAGUGGGGCCAAAUAACACUCUUUUUGUGGCAGAUGCUUAUUAUGGGCUCUAUGAAGUUAAUCCUGGUACAGGUGAAACAAAAAUGCUUGUGUCAUCCAAGACAACAAUUGAAGGUCAGAAGUUGUCAUUUGUGAAUGAUCUUACAGUGACCCAGGAUGGGAGAAAAAUCUACUUCACUGACUCCAGUAGCAAAUGGCAAAGACGGGACUACUUAUUCUUGAUUAUGGAAGGCACAGAUGAUGGGCGCCUGCUUGAGUAUGACACAAUAACGAAAGAAGUGAAAGUCUUAAUGGUGGGGCUCAGGUUUCCUAAUGGUGUCCAGCUCUCUCCUGCGGAAGACUUUGUCCUGGUGCAGGAGACAACCAUGGCUAGAAUCAGGAGGUAUUAUGUGUCUGGGCUGAUGAAAGGUGGAGCAGAUAUGUUUGUUGAGAAUAUGCCUGGUCUUCCAGAUAAUAUCAGGUUAAGCAGCUCUGGAGGAUAUUGGGUAGCUAUGUCAGCUGUGCGACCCAAUCCUGGAUUUUCUUUGUUGGAUUUCUUGUCUGAAAAACCAUGGAUUAAAAGGAUGAUAUUUAAGUUGCUGAGUCAGGAAAUGGUGACAAAGUUUGUGCCCAAAUACAGCCUUGUUGUUGAACUUAGUGAGACAGGAUCCUACAGGAGAAGCUUUCAUGAUCCCAACGGAGUGACGGUAGCUUAUGUUAGCGAGGCACAUGAGCACAAUGGAUAUCUUUACCUGGGCUCCUUCCGGUCUCCGUUUAUUUGCAGACUUAAUCUCCAGCAUGUUUAACAGCCUAUCCAUGACAAAGUGCCACUGUCUAUAAUACUCCAGAGGUACAAAGAAAGCAUGUGCUUGUGGCAGUGUGUGACCAAGGACAAAAAGUGAAAGAACAGUCUGUUAACAUGCAGUAGUACUGUGCUGUUAAUGUAGGAAAACAUACAGCUUGAUGUACCUGUCCUCUUCCUUGAUUUGACUGCCCUUGCUUUGGAGUUGGCAUGCAUAACUAUCAUCAUCUGAGGAGUAUGGUGGGACAUCUUCAUACAGUUACAUGCUCCUUAAAGAAAAUCCAUUGUUUUUCCACACCCAGCCCUGUUUGGAGUCAUCUUAAACAGACAUCAUCUGUCACCUGUAAUGUACAUCAUCUUACACUGGAAGGAUUUGUGAUGUAUGGAAUCUAAUUGUGUAUGAUUUGGAUCGAAGAGAAUGUCUUGCAUGUGUAUGUCUGUUUUAGAACCUCUUGUUCAGGAGUGAUUACAGUGUAUGUUCCAACGUCAUACCAUGGUGCUGUGGUAGAGGCAGCAAUAUCCAGAACAUGCCUAGAAAUCUAUUGAUAUCAUUUGAGUUUCUUCAAUUUCAGCAAGUGUAAUCAACAUCGGAAACUACAAUUAACUGUUAAUCAACAUGCAGAAUCAAAUUUGAUCACUAUCU